GUGGGAAAUGUAGUCCUCCAGUGAGUUUUUAGAACUGUCAUUGUGAACACGGUGAAAACUUCCAUUGAUCAAGCCUACUCAAGGGGACUGAGGCUGUUUUCAGCAGCCUGCACGAAUUUCUAUCGCAGUCAUAGGAUGCACACAGCUCAGCAACUGAUGAAGGUUUUCGUAACAAGACGCAUCCCGCAAGAGGGGAUGAAGAUACUGUUGCAGGCUGGAACAUGUAAGGUGUCACUGUGGGACUCUGAUGAGCCAGUUCCGAGGGCAGAACUUCUCAAGGGUGUUGCCGGGGCUCAUGGACUCCUGUGUCUCCUGUCAGACCGCAUCGACGCUGAGGUUCUGAAUGCGGCAGGACCAAAUCUGAAGGUGAUCAGCACCAUGUCUGUGGGAUUUGACCACCUGUCCCUCGAUGAGGUAAAAAAACGCGGUGUGCGUGUUGGCUACACUCCUGAUGUGCUGACGGAUGCUACCGCUGAGCUGACAGUGGCGUUACUGCUGGCCACUGCCAGACGCCUGCCCGAGGGGGUGGAGGAAGUCAAAAAUGGGGGCUGGAGCACGUGGAAACCCCUUUGGCUGUGCGGUUAUGGUCUAUCCGGCAGCACAGUUGGAGUCAUUGGACUGGGACGCAUAGGUAUGGCUAUCGCCACACGGCUCAAGCCGUUUGGAGUGAAGAGGCUGCUGUACUCUGGGCGGGCGGCCAAACCACAGGCCUCGGAGGUGGAUGGAGAAUAUGUGCCCCUGGACACGCUGCUGGCGGAGAGUGAUUUUGUGGUGGUGUCCUGUGCCCUCACGCCUCAGACACAGGGCCUGUGUGACAAGGCCUUCUUUACCAAGAUGAAGAACACUGGAGUCUUCAUCAACACUAGCAGAGGUGCAGUGGUGAACCAGGAGGAUCUGUACCAGGCUCUGUCCGGCGGUCAGAUAGCGGCAGCAGGACUGGACGUCACCACUCCAGAGCCCCUGCCCACCGACCACCCCCUCCUCACCCUGAAAAACUGUGUGGUUUUACCCCACAUUGGCAGUGCCACCUACUCCACCCGAGGCGUCAUGGCUGAGCUGUCUGCCCACAACCUGCUAGGAGGCCUACAGGGUUCGGACAUGCCCAGCGAGCUCACCCUCUAGGGGCUCAAAUACCCCCUCCUGCACCACCACAACCACACGGUGCCUUUACGCUUCCCCUUGGCCUACUGCGGUCACCUUAGUCAUUAACAGCUGCUGUUUGGCUGAGGAAACACCUACCCACUAAUCAGCUGUCAGAAUAGGUGUAGUGAGUGACCCAUGUGACCAGAUGGAUCUGUCAUUUAAGACCUUUAGUGUAAUUACUGUGGUAGGCAAUGUAAAGUGUUUUACAAAUUCUAAUGAAGUUACAGACUCCUAAACACCAAUAAUUUACACACCAUGUAACAUAACAGUCCUACAAGGGUCCUAAAUCACAUCAAGUGUAACUCAAUGUGUAUGUACUUUAACAAAACACUGUCAUGAAAUACGUUUUCUUUUGUAAUGUUCGCAUUCCAAUUUCAUGUUUAUUAAUUUAUAAAUGCUUAUCUGUAA